CCUCCCUCUUUUAGCUAUUAAACACCUCUCCCCCACUCUCUUUUCUCCUUGCCAGAUGGUAUGGGAAACUCCAUUGCCUCCAGGUUCGCCGGCACCGGCACCGGAAAAGUCGUGUUCUCCGACGGCACGAUCCUUGAGUUCGACAAGCCGAUGGCCGUCGCCGAGCUAAUGAUGGAAUACCCACAACAAUUCGUCGUCGAAUUCCAGUCAGUUUCUGCGGGGAAGAGACUAACUCCCUUGCCUGCUGAUAAGGAGCUGGAGAUGAGUAAGGUCUACUACAUGAUGCCCAUGAAACGGGGAAGGGUGACCUGCUCGGCCGAAGACGCGAACAGGAUCCAGACUAAGACGAGAUUCGUGUCUAGAUCCGGCCCGCUUCCGGGCAAGGCGGCUCACCGGCCACGGGUGGCAGUGGCUGGUAGGGGAUGCAGAAUUGAAGGGAAGAAAGAAGAGGAUGUGGCCUUGAAGAGGAGGCAUGACUGGGAUGAGCUUGUUUCCGACAGCCUUUCAGGGCUGCCGGAGUUCGUGAGCCGCCAAUUUUCCGGCAAGGCCUGGAAACCGACGCUCGAUACCAUCGCGGAAUCAAGGGCAGAGAAGAAGCGCCGUCACUGGUUGUUCUAGGAUCAAUAAUUCCGUGUUUGUUUACGAUGUUCAGUCUUGUAAACAUUGACCUCUCCUUGCCAUGGUUGGAGUAAACAGAUGUAGUGAAUUGAUGAGCGUUCUAUCUUUAGAAUUUGUUGCAUUGCAUCCGAUGUCAGAUGUGGACGCCUUUUGUUUACACGGCUAACUGUAUACGUGUGAUCUGCAUGUUUCAGAUCCUCAAAAUAAAAGAAGUAUUUAACGUGAAAAUUAAGCAGUUUAUAGACUAGAAA